AUGCAACCUCUAAACCCCUUUCUUGCCGCCUUCUUCAAGAGUUCUGUUGCCGCGCAGUGCACCCCGGUUCAUCACUUCAUACUCCUUGUCCCACAGACGGAUGUGCUCCUCACCCAUCGUGAGACAGAGAGUGGCGCUUCUACGAGCGACUUCGUCGCCUCGGAGGAGUUUCUAGCCAGUCAUGUCCUGCGCAUUCCUCCGCCUGGUGGAAAGGAGGCAAGCCAGAAUUUGCGAGAGGUCCGAGGCAAGGCGAAGCAGUUCUCGACGCUAAACGGGAGAAGCGUCAUUGUCAAGGAUGCAUCCAUAUACAGUAACAAGGGAUUCAAGACGCUAGCACAGGCGCAAACCCAAAGCGAUGCGAUCUGGUAUCCCGACGUAUUCGAAGCGAGACAAUGGCUGCUAUACUAUAUAUCAAAACCAUUGGUUGGGACUUGGCGAGAGCUUGUAGUUCCUCCUGCGAUAUUGCCUACCUCAGAUCAGACCGUCGAGACGCAGCAACCCGCAAACGGUGAUUCUGCGGAAUACUCGGCGCCCAAGAAAAAAGACAUCAAAACGUUCCACGAGCUUCUCAAUAAUUUCCCCAUGAUUGCUCGACAGAUGCAAACUGGGCUAGAAGAGAUAUUUACAGAGUUUACUAUUGUUUUUCAGAAGCCGCUGCCUGCGCCCCCGUCGGCGGCCGAAAUUCCAGACCCCAUGCCCGACGGGCCCAUUGCCACAGCGAUGAGGCGAGCAAGGUCAAGUAGCUUCAAUUUGCGGUCGCAGCCCGAAUCCAGAGCAAACACAUUGCCCGUCACCGAAGAUUUUUACGCCGAAGACGAGGAGGAUGUGAUGCGUGCGUCUUUGGAGACUGCUGUCACCACGGCCAUUGACCUGUUCCAAGGUGUGGACAAGCAGCAACUGUCUCUGCUUGGCGCAACCACAGACCUUACCGGCCCGCUUGUUGAGAAAUUAAUUGAACGAUACAUAACGGAAAAUGUGCACCAUCUUCUAUUUUCCAGGCUGGUUUCCCUGAAGCGCCCGGAUGACUUGGAGCUGGAGGCAAAGAUACGCCAGAUGGAGUAUAUUGACAUUUCGCAACUGGGAAUCGCUAUUGGCGGUGGACUGAAGGCGAAACACGACUUGAUUAUUCAUCUUGGGCCAGCAGUUGAAGAGUUUCGUAAGAUUCUGAACGCUAUGAGCCCUCAAGAAAUGCUGGAGCUUCUACUUUCCACCGUCAAGAGUGUCUCCCAACUCACCGGAGAAGCCAACGAGGAGGGACAAGAUCAGUCAGCUGAAAAGGCCAUCAUGACAGUUAAUGCUGACACGUUAGUUUCUUUGCUGCUUUACGUCGUGAUACGGUCAGGCGUGCGCAAUCUCCAAGCUCGCCUUGGCUACGUUCGAAAUUUCAUCUUUGUUGACGACGUGGAUAGCGGCGAACUUGGAUACGCGCUUAACACAUUCGAAGCAGUUUUGCUCUAUCUGGCUACGGACUCGUCUGGACUACGUCGUGCAAGUAGGAAGAACAAGGCGCUUUGGGAAGCCGCAAAAAAGGGCUCCAUGUCGGAUCUGAAAAAGAUCAUGGAGCCUAAUACGUCUGCUAUUGAGGAUGAUGACGAAGACGAGCCCCCAUCGCAAAAGUCUAGCAGACGACAGUCCUUUAGCUGGGGUUAUGCAAAUGGCUCUUCACGACACUCGUUAACUGGCCUUGCCACACAAGAUCGAUUAUCCAAAGGCUCCGGCUUGCGCCACGUCUUCCCCUUUCAGACUGACGGAGGAUGCGAUGGUGAUGACGACCGCAAUAUAUGCAGCUUUAAAGUUAACAAAGUGAAGAAAGUAUCGAUGGAUACCCGAAGCUUCUCCAGCGACUCCGAGUUUUCGUUCCACUCACGCUCAACGAGCGCUGGGACCAUUGGUAGCGCUCUGGAGGGUGAUAUCUCUGUCGAGCGACUGGCGCAAACGAGUGACUCAUUUGGCGAAUCUGUUUUGAUGAUGGCUGUCCAAAAUGGCCAGCUUAAGAUUCUAAAGUACCUCUUGUCACUGGGCGGCUACUUUCCCUUUGAAUCCGUCUUAGAGGACAUGAACAACGAGGAUACGUCUCUCCUGAGCGCUGCAGUGCAGCAUGGAAAUACUGAAAUCAUUGAUACACUUUUGGACUGCAUCAGCUCUGGCAUUUCCCACGAGCAGCUGGUUCAAUAUGUUCAAGCGCAGGACAUUUGGGGACGCAGCUUAGGUCACUAUCUGUUCAACUCGCCAGCCCUCAUCACCAGAAUCGGUUACCUUAUUCCGUGGAAACAGCGUGACAAAAAUGGUCAGACUCCCUUGUUUGCCCUCUGCCGAUCGUACGACCAUGCCGACUACUACAAUAUGGUGGAAGCUGGUCUCAAAGCCGCCAAGGUUGCUCAAGGAGAUGGACAGUUGCUGCACGUGGACGAUCAUAUCGAUGGCAAAGGAAAUACACUGCUACACAUUAUCAACGAUCCAAGGCUGGCCUUGAGGAUUUUACAGUACUGUGACGUUGAUGUCAACGCAACCAACGAAAAACGAUUUACCGCACUCAUGGUCGCCAGCAAGUACGGACGUUAUGACAUGGUCAGAUCAUUGUUUGCCGACCCUCGGGUAGAUCUUGGAGCCAGGGAAGCCAGGGGACUGACAGCCGUGGAACUGGCCAAGGAUGAAGACGUCAGAAACAAGAUUGACGAUCUGGGGUUGUUCAGCAUGCCGCCUAGUUCGGAUGGGCGUAUUACUGGAGUAGUGCGAGCUUUCUUCGUUGAGGAUGGCACAGUCCGACUGGUGCUCAAGUCAGCUGCUCCAACAGACCAUGAUAGCUACACAGUAACGACGAGUCGGCGAUCACUGUCUGAUUUUGAGCAGCUGGGCCGACUCUUGGCCGAGGAGAAUCCAGCGUCCUGGGUCCCAGCAGUCACUGACACACGCUCACCAUUCCAAUUACCGUCAAAACCAUCUCGAGCUUUGCUGCGUGACAUUCAAGCUAAGAUGGACUGGUUUCUGCGAACCAUGCUAAAUCAUCCAACCCUUUCGAAACAUGAAAUGCUUUGGGAGUUCUUUUUGGUACCUGAACUGCAGCUGGGAACAAUGGAGGAAAGAACGCGGCUCAAAAUCGAGGCCCGGACAGAGCGCAUCAGAGAGGAAUACGAACCAGUGCAAGAUCUAAGAGAAGUUGAACAGUUUGUUAACCACGCACGCGAAACUGUACGCAGCGUCAACUAUGCUACCAAGAGUGCUACGAGACGUGCCAACAGCGUUGGUGUAGUGACCGCCGACAUCUACGAUUCACUGGUCCUGCUACACCGGGGCGCGUCCGGCCUUAUUUUUCUACCAAAGAGCCACAUUACAGCACUGGAAAUGUAUGCCAGAGCAAUGCAGCCGACACAGUCAAGCCCGCACACGACGCUUCACACGACACUAAUUGCUGUCCAAUCCACAGUUCAGGCAUUGCUUUCGGCGCUUGGACGGCCGACGACCCUAGUCGCGCAAAUCAUCAAUGCAAAACGGGAAGCAGAUAGAAAUCAAGGCUCUAUCGGAAGAUCCUCACGAUGGCCUCUGGGUUUGCUGGACGACACGCGCCAGCGUCUGCAAGAAGAGAAGGAGAAGAAGGCACAGAAAUGGCGGGAGGAAGCCUCUUACAUGGCCCGUGAAUUGCGCUAUACACAGCAAACAGUGGCGGCAGAACUAGCCGGCUGGCAGAACAUACAUGACACGAUGGUUAGACGGGCGCUGCGAGACUAUGGACGAUGCAUGCUGCUACAGGAGAAGAUGAAACUAGAGGGCAUGGCGAGGGCACUAAGAGUGAUACAUAGCAGAGCACCGCCACCAACUUCCAGGACGACGGAGGCGAACUCGUAA